AAGACAGUGAUAUUGGAAAAAAGCAACAAAACUUCAAGUGCAGUUUGUGUAACUACGAAAAUUCUAUAAAAUCCAAUUUAAUUCUUCAUUUCGAAGAAUAUCAUGCCAUUAAAAUAGAGCAACAAGAUCUUCACUUUUCUAGUGAACUAGAAUUUCAAAAAUGGAAAACUGACAUGGAAAAAAAAGAAUUUUCUUCAUAUGUCACAUACAGUCAUCCAUAUACGACUGCAGAGGGCAUUAAGAAACAGAGUUAUAUUUGCCAUCGUUCAGGUUUUUAUGUGAAAAAAGGUAAGGAUAUGCGAUAUUUAAAAACCAAAGGAAGCAGAAAAAUUAAUGGAAUAUGUCCUUCUCGAUUGAAAGUUUGUAUUUUACCAGAAAAUGGCAAUGUUAAAAUUAAUUUUAUACAAACUCACAUUGGUCAUGACAAUGACUUGGGUCAUUUGAAUAUUACUAAAAAUGAAAAAAUAGAAAUAGCUAGUAAAAUUGCUUCGAAAAUUCCUCUUGUUUCCAUAUUAGAUGAGAUUAGAGAUUCUGUAACUAAUAAUAAGUUGGAAAGGAUGCAUAUCUUAACAAGAAAAGAUCUUCAUAAUAUAUCACAAACUUUUAAUUUAAAUUCUGAUGGAAUUCGCCAUAAAAAUGAAGUUAUAAGUAUUGAAUCCUGGAUUGAAGAAGCCAAGAAUAGUGGAAUAAUUUUAUAUUACAAGCCACAAGGGGCUUUAUGUAAUGAUUUUCCUUGUUUAAAAAAUGAAGAUUUUCUGUUAAUUGUUAUGCAUCCUGGUCAACUGGAAGUGUUAGACAAAUACUCAGAAGAUGUAAUUUGUAUCGACGGAACACAUGGACUUAAUGCUCAUGAUUUUGAACUUACUACAUUGUUAAUAUUGGAUGAUAUGAGGGAGGGAUUUCCUUGUUGUUUUAUGAUUGGAAAUCGGUCUGAUGAGGAAAUAAUGACUAUUUUUUUCAUGAAGAUAAAAGAAAAUUUAGGAAGAGUAAUCAAACCCAUGGUUUUCAUGUCAGACAUGGCCCAAUAUUACUAUAAUGCAUGGCUCCAAAUUAUGACUCCAGCUAAAUUCAGGCUAUUCUGUUCCUGGCACGUAGAUAAAGCGUGGCGGAAAAAUCUAAAUAAAAUUGAUGGUCAAGAGCAAAAGGUUAUCGUAUACAAACAGCUACGUACCUUAUUACAAGAGACCGAUGUUACUUCAUUUAGAGAUAUGAUACAAAAUUUUCAAAUUUCUCUUCUAUCUUCUGGUAAUACCCAAGAAUUUGGUCAAUAUUUUCAAAAAUGUUAUCUGCACAAUAUGGAAUCCUGGGCGUACUGUUAUCGCUUGCAUGCAGGAAUAAAUACAAAUAUGAGCAUAGAACGAAUGCAUCAAACGAUUAAAUAUUUGUAUUUAAAUGGAAGACAAGUACGAAGGCUGGAUAAAACUAUCAAUAUCUUGAUUAAAUUAAUUAAAGACAAAUUGUUUGAACGGCUUAUUACGUUGAAUAAAGGUAAAAUAUCCAGCAAAUUACGAGAGUUACGGAAAAGGCACAAAACAAGUCUUAAUUUAGAUAUGGACACCAUUGUCAUGUCUGAAAUGGGCUGGGAGAUACCAUCAAGUUCAACCAAUGAUAUCUAUUUAGUUCAGAAAAACAAACCCAGUUGUGACUGCCGAUUAGUCUGUGAUUUGUGUCAAUCCUGUCUACAUUCAUAUUCCUGUACAUGCUUGGAUAACAGUAUAAGAUGGAAUAUGUGCAAACACAUACAUCUUGUGUGUCAAUUUAUGAAAGGCCAUCAAAUUCAAGAUACUAAUGCAGAUGAAGAACAUAUAAUAAAUACAGAUGAGGUAAAACUUAAACAAGCUACAGAGCAAGCUAAAUUUGUGGAAUUUGUGAGUAAGUCUUGUAAUAUCAAUCAAGAAAAAACGUCCAAACAACUGGAAGUUGAAAAACAGAAAUUGAUAGAAAUACAAACCCAAAUAAUUCAAAAUAUAACAACUUUUGAACUUGAGGCAUUUAAAAGUAUUACAGCACCCUUGGUGCCUACAUUAAGGACAUUAGCAGAACAUUCUGGAAAUGAAUUUAAUAUUGUGGCACUAUCUCAUGGAACACAAAACAUUCCACACAAUAAAAAAGUAGUUGCUCAAAAACGUUUAUUUUCCACCAAGAAAAAAACUACAAAGUCAAAAAAAAGCUGUUAUCAAAACCUGAUGCUGAAGAAACAAAUUUGAUAGCAAAUCAAUUAAUGCUACAAGUAAAUAAUGUGCUCUUUAAUUAGAAUAAAAUCUUUAUUUGUAUACAUUAUUAAUUUGUUUGAUUUUCUCACCUAUUCUAAUUCAAUUUUUUUUAAUCCAUAUUGAAAAUAUUGUAGGCAUUAAUACUUUAAAAACAUUUACUAAGUACCUACUCUGAAAGCAAUUUAUGAUAUUAUGUCUCUUGUAACAUUAAUUCGUAAUUUCAUCAGCACCAAUAAUAUUUAUUAAUACAUAAUAUAAUAAUUUCAAAUUCACAAUAAAAAUAAAACAUAACCUUAUAAAUAAUAUUAAUUAGGGAAUCCAACGAUCUGUCAAACUAUUCCAAUAUGUCUGGCGAUUGGCAUGCAAUACAUUGAAGGCAUAUGAUAGUAUAGUGUUAUUUUAGUAUUUUAAAGUAAUUUUCGUAUUUUAUGUCCAUGUAAGUAUUGUUAAAUACUUCUGUGACAUAGUAACAAAUAUUGCUUACGUCAAUAAACUUUAAUAAGUAGUUAAAAAGUUUUAACUAAGUAAUUUGGAAGAUUGAAGAAAGCUAGGUUAACAAAUUUUAUGUUUUAUAAGUUUAAUAAAAAAUAAUAUUGAGCAUCCCUAAAAUAGAUUUUAGGUAAAAUCAUCGGGGUAAUAUAUAUUUUAUUAUUUUAGGUACUUAGUAAUACCACAUUGUAUCUUAAAUUUGAAAUUUUAAAUUAAAUAAAGUAUCCAAUAAAAUCGCUUGUGUGCAGUGUUGCCAGAGAAAUUUUUGUAAAUGCACCGGAAUGACUGGAAUAGUGACACAAAGUACUAAACCAACACAUUUUGUACAAAAACUUAAAAAAACGUCAUUUAAUAAAAUUUCUUAUGUCACAAAAUUUUAGGUUUUUACUUUAGGAGACUUUAGUAUCAAAAGUUUGGUUGUUAAUUGUAUCAAAUUGGUACAAUUUUAACAAAUCUGGCAACGCUGAAUUGCCUGCCAUACGUCCUGUCAUUAAAAAUCACGUGGUUUGGAUUGCCUAAUUGUUUGCAUUUUUAUUUGACAUUUCAAUCGAAUGACCUUGAGAAAGCCAAGGAGCAAAAAUAUUUUAUAAUUUCUAGACGCGAGUGGGAUAUGCCACUCAAUGCAUCGGGGUGUAAACGUCGAUAUCAAGUACGGUGGUUUAGCUAUCUUUGUCUGUCGUGCGAGUGUGAGUGUAUAUCUACCAAGAGGUGGGAGCAACGGAACGACAGUGACACACAGGCGGCCAGGACUUGGAUUCCGUGCACUGUAGAUAUCUACAUGUCGCUUUCUAUUGGUGUCAAUUUUCGUAAAAAUAUUUGAAUUUUAGCUUUAAUUGAAUUAUUUUCUAGUUUUGCUAGGUUAUACUCUAAUUGAUGCUGAAGUGAGACUUAGUAAAACAAGAAAAUAUUUGAAUUAAAACUAAAAAUUCAAAUAUAUUGACAUUAAUAGAAAGCGAUAUGCGCAGUGUCAAUAUAUUUUAAUUUUUAGUUUUAAUUCAAAUAUUUUCUUGUUUUACUAAGUCUCACUUCAGCAUCAAUUAGAGUAUAACCUAGCAAAACUAGAAAAUAAUUCAAUUAAAGCUAAAAUUCAAAUAUUUUUACGAAAAUUGACACCAAUAGAAAGCGACAUGUAGAUAUCUACAGUGCACGGAAUCCAGGCCCAGGCCCGUUUUUAGGGUCUUUGGCGCUAUGGGCACCAUUUUGACAAGCGCCCCCCCCUCCCAACCACCAAAUAUACGCCAACACAACCCGGCCACUAGCGCCAUAUUUCGAAAUAGAUUUCCGCUUUUUCUUGUACUUUUUUUCUUAUUUGCCAGUUUUGGUUCGGGGGGGAUCUAACCCCUAUUCUCUUUACAAAUAGAGAAUAUUCCAUUAUCCACCACCUAUGGACCCGCCGUGUCCCGGACUGGCAA